AUGGAGAAAACGUCUCUCAAACUUGUCUUCCUAUUCUCCCUCACAAUCAUAGUCUUUUGUUGGUCUGAUGCAAGAGAGAUGGUGAAUGAAGAAGUGAAUUGCUUAGGCGGAAACUGUCCUGAUGGAAAGAAUAACUGUAACUGCUUGCCGCCGGUAGCACCUGUAAUGAACUCUUACCAGACUAAUGCGUCUUGCCGUAGAGAUAAUGAAUGCAUCAAGUACUGUCCUAAAGGCUGCAAGAUUGUUAACUGUAAUUUUGGAACCUGUUUCUGUGAAUGUUAA